UUCCGGUUUCGGUUUUAUUGUAAAUGUUGCAAGGACAAAAUGGCGAGCGAUGGCGUGGAUAUUGAUUUAUACGACAAUUUGGAAGAAGGAUUUGAUCAGGACAAUGAAUUCAAUGCUGAGGAUGAUCUUUACAAUGAUGUCAUAACAGCCCCCUCAAGUGGUGAAAACACAGAAACUGUGCAACAAUCAGAGCCAAUAACACCCACAAAGACCACACCGUCAGUGACUGUUCCCUCGGGUUAUACAGGUCGGAGAAUCAGUCUGUAUGUUGGAAACCUGACAUGGUGGACAACUGAUCAAGAUCUUAUUGAUGGACUGGCAGCUAUUGGCGUCACAGACUUGGUUGAAAUAAAAUUUUAUGAAAAUAGAGCAAAUGGCCAGUCUAAAGGGUUUGCAGUGGUGGUAGUUGGUUCAGACAAUUCAUCACGGUUGAUAUUUGAGAAGUUGCCAAAGAAAGAGAUCCAUGGACAGGUGCCUCAGAUCUCCAACUGUAAUAGGCAGGCCUUGAGUCAGUUUGAGGCCCAGGCUCGUAAGGGAGAGCCCCCAGCACAGAAUGGGAAUGCAAAUAAAGGCAGUCAUCAGAGAAGUCACAGUCCAUCACGACAAACUCCUAAACAGGGAUACGUAAAUCGUCAACAGAGGCCUACAGGUCCCCAAGUAUCUGGACCCCCACCAACCGGUCCUCCCCCAACAGGAGCCCCAAUGAUGCCAGGUAUGCCUCCAGUGUCUGGACCCCCUCCUCAGGUGCAGUUUCCUCCUGGAUUUCCUCCCAGAACUCUUGGUCCUCCCCCUCCUGUUAUGAUGAGAGGUCCACCACCACCCAUCAGAGGCCCACCACCAACAGAUCCCAGGGGACCACCACCUCGUUCAGAGUGGGACAGACCCCCAGGACCAGAUCUCUUAACUCAGCCUCCACCUCCAGGCACACCCUACCCUCCACUUGGCCCUCCACCAGGACCCCAGCCGGUCCCUCCCCCAGGAGCUAGACCGCCAGGACCUGGGAUGCCCCAUCAGCAACCGCCAUUGACAAUCCCCCCACCAGGACACCCUCCAGCCCCAGCCCCACAUGUCAACCCAGCCUUUUUCCCACCCCAACAUGGUGGACCACCCCCAACAAUUCCACAUCCUACUCCUGGACAUCAUGACCCUUACAGAGCUCCACCCCCUGUCUCAUAUCCAAGUGAUCAUUACUCUAGGCCCCCAACAGAAAGAGCUGAGCCACAGUCUCCAGCCCUUAGUGAACAAGAGUUUGAGGAGAUAUUUCAAAGAAAUAAAACUGUGUCCAGCAGUGCUAUUUCUCGAGCUGUUCAAGAUGCUAGUGCAGGUGAAUUUGCGAGUGCAAUUGAGACUCUGGUGACGGCUAUAUCUCUAAUAAAGCAGUCAAAGAUUGCCAGCGAUGAUCGCUGUAAAAUCCUGAUCAGUUCGCUACAGGAUACACUUCAUGGAAUUGAGGAAAAAUCUUAUGGAUCAAAGAGCAGCAGUAGAAGAUCACGUUCAAGAGAAAGAGACAGAGAGCGCAAGGAAAGAAGUCGCAGUCACAGAUCAAGAAGUAGGGACAGAGAAAGGGAGUAUCGUGAGAGGAGCCGAGAAAGAGAUCGCCAUUAUGAGGCUGAGUCCAGUUCCUCAUCCUCCAGAUCUCACCGGGAUCGAGAUCGAGACCGAGAUAGGGAUAGGGAACGAGAGUACAGUAGCAGGCGACAUUAGAUUGACUUUUACUUGAUGUAGAAAUAGAGGCUACUCUUUUCCUCACCGAUGGUGCUUUUUGUCCCAUAAUUCAGGAAAAUCCCAUUAAAAGUGAUUGAAAAUAGGUUUAUCUGCCCAUAGAAUAAGUUGUAAAUCAUAAAAACAUCCAGUCAAUGUUGGAAAUAUUCUACUGUCCAUCUAAAAAUAUAUGUAGUCUACAUAACAAUUUAAAAAUUGUGAAAAGGUGGAAUGGCUUUAUGUCUUGUUUUAUUUCUAUUAUUAUUUUUAAAACAAAUUAUUUACAUGAGUUAUUUUGUGCCAUCAAAGAAGUUAUCAGCUUAUUUUAAGAAAGCAAAAGAAAAAAAAAUCGUUAUGCAACUAGGUAUUCCAAAUGAAUACAAUUCCACUUUUGUUGAAAUGCAUAUUAAGGUCAUUCCAUCUCUAGUGCAGUCACUAUUUGGAGAAAGAUAGACUUAAUUACGAUGUGACUUAUUGAUAUACUUUGCCCCAAGUCUAAACUCUGACUCAAGUGUUGUUUUAAAUUUGCCAAACUUUUCUCCAUACAGUAUAUAUAACAAAAUUUAUAUAUGGCAUUAUCAUCCAAGGGAUGUAAAAGUUCACCAUAAAAUAUGCUAAGUCUUUCAUCACUAUGUAUUUUGCAAAGAAAAAUAUUCUGGACUCUUUACAUCCAGAAUUUUAAAGAAAAUUGUUUUGCCCAAAGUGUUCUAAUAUUUAUUUUUUUUUAUUUGUUAUUUAUUUAUUAUUUUGAUACGUACAGUGUAUUACUUAUCUUCUUGCCAUUUUAUAUGCAUCAUCAUUCUUUCAUAUGUGACAUUCAGAGUAGCAAAAUAUUUUAUCCUUGCAUAGUGCAUAUCAUUGUUUACACAUAAGAGAUUCCAAUGUGCAAAUCUUUCAAAGCAUCCAUAAAAUUCUCUUGGGUUGAAUACGAAUACAUAUUGAAUGAUAAUUGCUUUAGUGAAUGUGUUUGUACAUGUACAGUGUAAAAUCAGAGAAAAAUAUCUAUGGUUCUUUUUUUCUCCUUUGCCUUUGAAAAAUUUUUGUUUGUUAAAUAUCCCUUUGAGAAUUUUUCACUCAUAACGAAAAACAAAAUUCAAAAUUAUAUUUUAAUUUAAAAAGGCUUUAUGAUGCCAAACUUCUGCUGUCUUGAUAAUCCAUGAUGUAUAAGACAUCUACUCUCAAAAUAUUUGGUCACAAAUCUAAAAAAGAUUGAUGAAGUGACAUCUAUUGUAUUCUUUAAUCAUUGUACAGUUAAAAAAAAGUUAAACAAGGUGCUGGAACUAUUUAUUGUAAAGUAUCUGUAUUACUGAAUACUGGCAGGUAUAUAAACUUUAAAUGACACAUAAUUGCAGUAGUUAUAAUGGAUAAGGUCAUGUUGUAAAGUUGGAUGUCAGUUAUAUAUAGAGUGGUUGUACCCAUUACUGGAAUUUGUCACUAUUUAUAUUUCCUUUUGUACUAUUGAGUUGUAAGCUACAAUAUAAAUGUGUUUUGUGUCUGUAAAAGACAUAUAUAUAUCAAAAUGGGGGGACAGAUCUUUGAAAGGUAAGUGAAAUGGUAAGUACAUGUACUUAAAAUAAAUUAUUUGUGCAAAUUAAAUAUAUAAAGAAAGACUUUGUUUGAAAAAAAAAAUAUGUCAGAAUUUAUGCCAUAGCUUUUCUUUUCAGGGAAAUUAAAUGUAUUCCGUGUUCAGCAUACUGUUUAUGUAUAUAAUUUAAUGUGCUGUAAAAGUCUGAAUUACUAUGUAUGAAUAGCCUAUCGAGUAUUAUGAAGUGCAUGUUAUGUUGUCAUAUGAUAGUUUUGUUUGGUAUAAAAAUGAAUGACAUACAUUGAAGAUUAAUACCAAUUAACACAUAACCAUCCUAUUUGUGCACCAUGUUGAAUUAAGUUAACAGCACCAAUAAAAAUUGCGUUAGUUCUUACAGUUUCCCUGUAGAAAAGUUAAUUUAAUAAAGAUAAUUUUAUAAGAUUUUUAUUGGUGCAACAUCACAUUGAUACAUUGUGCAGUAAAUGUCAUAUUUAAGCUAAAUGAUUUUCCUUUUCAGCAAGUGCAGUAUACUUUUGUGUAACAUGCACUGCAAUUUUUCACUAAAAUGUAUAAUGUUCCAGAUUAUCUUUAGCUUAAUCAGGACAUAUUAUGUUUCAAGUUAUUGCAAGGUUUUCACAAUUUUAUUCAUUUUAUUUGUACUGUGAAUUUGCCAUCAUUUGAAUGCAUUAGUUUGAAUGCUUGUUUAUUAUACUGUAGACACACAUUUUUCCUUGCGGGAUUAAUUUUUGCUAAGCUUGUGGUCACACAUUUUCCGUGGAAAUUUGUCACAGCGUACUUAAAUUGUAUUGAAGAGCAAUGGCAGUGUAAGAAAUGAGUUUAAUUUUAUAUACGCUGAUGGAACAGAAAUUGUGAUUCUGUGGAAUUAUGAUCCCAUGGAAAAAGUAUGUUUUCAGUAUUUUAAAUGAUUUUCUGUGGAAAAAUCUUGGCUCUGAAAAAUUGCAGUGUGCUGCUGGUAUACAUUGUAGUUUGUUAUGAAUUUACUUUAGAUGAACUUUCUUGCAGGUACUAUUUAGUUUGAAGACCAUUUGUAUGACUAAAACAAAAUGUUUCUCCACAGGUUUUAUAUUCGCAAUCAUUGACUGACAGUUAAUACAUGUAUAAGUAAACAUGCUGUCGAACAAUGGAGUUGCUAUCUAUUUAAAUGAUUUUUUUUUUUAAAUUUUUGCUAGUUUGGGCUUCAGUUGCACUGUGUUGCAACAUCAUUUGUUUCAGUAGAAGUUGAAAUUAUUGCUGUAUUUAGAUUCCUGUUUCAUUUAGGAAGUCUUGAAAGCCACAAUAUCUUCUUAAAACUGUUGAAAGUGUCGUUCAGCUCAAAAUAAAAGGGUUGGAUAGUUAGGAGAAUCGUUGAGGAGAUAAUUUUGAAUGGAUGAUUGACAAAUACUUUAUUGUUUUUUUUUUUUCAAUAAAUAUGUAUAAAAGAGUUGAGAUGAUGUGGAAAAAGAUAAUAUUUAUGCAAAUUGUAACUCCUCGAAGUAAGAUAAAGUGAACAUUAGCAGAUCCUUAAAAAAAAUGAUAGUAAUUGUUUAAUAUUGAAAUUAUGGUAGUAACUGUUUAAUAUUGGAAUUAUGGUAAUAACUGUUUAAUAUUGAAAUUAUGGUAGUAACUGUUUAAUAUUGAAAUUUGGAAAUCGGAUUGAAUUUUAUGUGCUUGAUUGAAAAGUAUAUAGAUGAUUUUGAAAGUGUUUUGAGAAUUUUUGAGAAUUCUAGGAAAUGUGAAGAGGUUUUUUGUAAUUAUUGAGCAAAUUGCAUGCUUCUUCUCUGUAACAUUAAUGCCGAUGUUAUAUCUGGACAUCAAUAUAAAAGUAUUCAGUUUCAUAAAACCAUUUAGCAAGUCUUGGAUAUUCACGUUACAGCUCUGUUUGACAAUUUCUUUAAUUUCAUUGUGCUGUUUGGAUCGAGUGAGAAUUAUGCGAGAUUGAGUAGAUAUAUAGAAUGUGAGAUGAGAAAGAGAGAAAUUGUUUGAAACACGCUUUUUACCAUUUUAUUUGCUCUGAAGUUUUGUGACAAAUAUAAGGUCAACAUAUUUGACCAAGUAUUCAUAUUAAAACCAGAAGUGUACUAUUAUGGGGGAGUAUGCAGUGUGAGUAAUUGUAAACCCAGUUUUGUCCCUUGUAAGAUUGUAAGCUGGGAAGGUUUUCUAUGUCCACCAUCUUAUCUUGCUGAAAAAUGAACAUAAAUACUCAAUAAUAAUUAUAUAUUGAUUUUUUUUUUACAAUCAUUGAAUAGCUUAGUAUCUGAUUAGAUUUUGUAAGGUGUUUUGAUUUAUGUUUCAGUUUUAUGUUGAUUAAAUGUAAACCCUCUGAAAACUGAGAAAACUGAAGCAUAGAGUGAAACAUUUUGAUAUAUUUUGUAUUUUCUUUAUCCUUGAAUACUGUAUUUAUUUUACCGUGUUAGUAAAAGUAGAUAUGCACUAUUCAUUUGUAUCUUAAAUGGGAAGACAUUUUAUUCUUUAUUAAAAAAAGGGAAAAAAAAAACCCAAACAUUUACAAAUUAUUAUUAUUAUUGAUAAAAUAUAUUAAAAAAUAUUCGUGCAUAUCUACUGAAAAACUGUUAAUGAAGAUCAAAGGUUACCUUUCUUUCGUCUUCUCUUUGUAGGUUUAUGUCAAGAUGUGUCAAGCCACUCCUUUUUAUGUAAAUUCUACUAGUAGCCACGCCUUCAUUGUUUUUGCGUCAAUAUGUAUCAUGUAUAUUUUAAUUUGUUCACUUGGAUAUCACUGGAGAUUUUAAUCAUUGGAAUUUCGUCUUCAUCGUUGUGAAAUCAUCAGUGCGUCGAUGGAAAGUGUUCAGAAGAUGAAUUAACAGAUUUAGAAGAGGAUUCAUUUCCAGGGAUCUACUUUUGGAAUGAAGUGCAUCUGAAAAUUGCCAUGUGUUUGAAAAUAGCAUUGAAAUAAAUAUGUUGUAAAUAAA